UCCCCAUGACUUACUUUCUCAACCGACGGACUGGAUUUGCAGUUGUCUGGGUGGCUGCUAUUUCAGAGUGGCUUAAUCUAGUGUUCAAAUGGUAAGAGUAACGUUUAUUUGGUCCAUUAUGCUUUAAAAACGUUCAAUUAACUUACCGGAAGUCUCGGCCCUAUAGCUGCAAUGUCCGCUGAAUGCUUGAUAAACUUUAAGAAAACCCACUACAAAUCAUAUGUUUCAUUUACAUUUUUUAACGCAUCAACAUUUAUUUAUGGUGAGCAUAUAACGCAUACAUCUCUGAUAUUUUAUGCAACACGUUUGGAUUCGUGGCAUGUCCUUUUCUAUUAUUGGUCCGACGGUAAAACAAACGUCGGAACCUUAAAGAGUUGGAGGAUGAUGCUCUUUGGGGAGAGGCCAUUCUGGUGGGUUGGAGAAUCCCAUUUAUUUGACAAAAACCCUCCCAAACUCCACCAGUUUGCUUCAACUUGUGAAACAGGUCCAGGCAGUCCAUCUGGUCAUGCAAUGGUAACAGCAGCAGUGUGGUGGGUGAUGGCCUCAUCCCUGGGUUCUCUUCUCUACUCCUACACGCGCAGCGUGUUGCUAUCAGCGGUUCCGUACUUGCUGUAUCUGCUGGGGUUAGUGGCAGUUGGCCUCUCUCGUAUCUUCAUCCUGGCACACUUCCCCCAUCAGGUCAUAGCUGGCUCUUUGACAGGCUUCAUUCUUGGGGUAGUUCUGAGCCGUCAGGUUCCAGAAGGUCGCCCUCUGGUGUUUUUUGUGAGUUCCAGCUUUGGGCUACUCCUCAGUGCUUUCCUAAUCCACUCAGGACUGACACGGCUGGGCUUCGACCUGUCCUGGUCCAUUGCAUUGGCUAAGAAGUGGUGCUCCCAUUCAGAGUGGAUUCGGCUGGACACAGCCCCCUUCUCCUCACUCACUCGGGACUGUGGUGCUAUCCUGGGCCUGGGGCUGGCCCAGUACUGGAAGCCAGGUGGGUACACUCUCCCCUGGGCUCCACGUGCCCUGUGUCUGGCCCUCUGCUCCAUGGCUCUCUACCAUGUCCAUCGACUGCCUCUACCAAUCCAACCACAGCCCCUCUUCUACUUCCUCUUCUUUAUCAAGUUUACCAUCGUGCCCCAGGUGGUCAUGAUCUAUGUACCUGGCUUUGUACACCUCCUCACACACAAAAAGAAAAAGGAGUAAAACGACAUUCCUCAAAAGAUCAACUCUGGACACUGAGAGAAAAAGUUUCUAUAGGUACUCUUAAAAUAAUGCUUUUCUUUUCAUACACACUCCUGUAUAAAUUGGGAAAUUGAUAGCAAUAUGGGUGUUGAAUUCUAAGGAAAUUGUCAGACAUAAAUGCUGAAUGCAAAUUUUUCUGCUGAUGAUUGAAGAUUGUAUAAUUCCAUUUGCAUGAUAUAGGCCAAAUGUUUUUGGUGUUAUUUUGUCUCAGCUUCUACUAUGCGUCUGUUAUUUCUAGCAAUGUAACCAGCAGUGUAACCUUCUCACUCCCUAGCUAUGUAAACAGCAGUGUAACCUUCUCCUUCCCAAAUAUGUAUGCAAUAUCUCACUUCGUUUAGUUACAAUGUUGCCUUACAAUUUGAUUGACAAAUUAUCUGUAAGUAAAGGUAAAUGGUGCCACAUUCUGGUUAUACCUAAUCAAUUAAUGACUCUGUUACAAUCAAGUAGGCUAGUGUGCAGUUCCCUCAGGUAGUACUAGAUGUUAUGCUUGGCAUGUAACAUUAAAGAAGUAAAAAAUGACCUGACAAUGAAAAUGUAAGGUUACUGUAUGCUACAUAAGCAGCUAUUCAUAUCAUUCACCUGAAAGACCGAAGCAAAUAAAUGACAUGCAUGCUG